AUGCUAACCGAAUUCGACAGCUCCAUGGAGCUCAAGGAUAACACGAUAAUCGUGGUCCUGGGUGCUUCGGGAGAUCUUGCGAAGAAGAAGACUUUCCCUGCCUUGUUCGGUCUCUAUCGUAACCAAUUCCUCCCCAAGAACAUCAAGAUUGUUGGAUAUGCGCGGACAAAGAUGGACCAUGAAGAAUAUAUCAAGCGUGUCAAGUCGUUCAUUAAGACUCCCACCAAAGACAUGGAGAGACAAUUGGAGGAGUUCGCCGAUCUCUGCACAUAUGUCUCGGGCCAGUACGACAAGGACGAAUCUUUCUACGGCCUCGACAACCACCUGAAAGAGUUUGAGAAGGACCGCAAGGAAGCUCAUCGUCUCUUCUACAUGGCGUUGCCACCCAGUGUCUUCACGAUUGUCUCGCAGCAUCUCAAGAGAUGCUGCUAUCCCACAAAAGGAAUUGCUCGAGUUAUCGUUGAGAAGCCAUUCGGCAAGGACCUGGCAAGCUCCCGUGAGCUUCAGAAGUCGCUUGAGCCCGACUGGGCCGAGGCUGAACUCUUCCGGAUUGACCACUACCUGGGCAAGGAGAUGGUGAAGAACAUUCUUAUCCUGCGAUUCGGUAACGAGUUCUUUGGCGCCACCUGGAACCGUCAUCACAUCGACAAUGUGCAGAUCACCUUUAAGGAGCCGUUCGGCACCGAGGGUCGUGGUGGAUAUUUCGACGAGUUCGGUAUCGUCCGCGACGUCAUGCAGAACCAUCUGCUCCAAGUGCUGACUUUGCUUGCGAUGGAGCGCCCUAUCUCCUUCUCGGCCGAGGAUAUUCGAGACGAGAAGGUUCGGGUUCUCCGUGCCAUCCCCGCUAUUGAGCCUAAGAACGUCAUCAUUGGCCAGUACGGAAAAUCGUUGGACGGCAGCAAGCCCUCCUACAAGGAGGACGACACCGUGCCCAAAGACUCGCGCUGCCCGACCUUCUGCGCCCUGGUUGCAUAUAUCAAGAACGAGCGGUGGGACGGCGUGCCCUUCAUCAUGAAGGCCGGAAAGGCGCUUAACGAGCAAAAGACGGAAAUCAGGAUUCAGUUUAAGGACGUUACUAGCGGUAUCUUCAAGGACAUCCCUCGGAACGAGCUCGUCAUGCGCAUCCAGCCCAACGAGAGUGUCUACAUCAAGAUGAACUCUAAGCUGCCUGGCCUUAGCAUGCAAACGGUCGUCACAGAACUGGAUUUGACAUACCGACGACGAUUCUCUGAUCUCAAGAUUCCAGAGGCGUAUGAGUCGCUCAUUCUCGACUGCCUGAAGGGCGACCACUCCAACUUUGUCCGAGAUGAUGAGUUAGAUGCUAGCUGGAGGAUCUUCACUCCCCUGCUCCACUACCUGGACGACAACAAGGAGAUCAUCCCAAUGGAUUAUCCAUAUGGCUCCAGAGGACCUGCAGUUCUCGAUGACUUUACGGCUAGUUAUGGGUACAAAUUCAGCGACGCGGCCGGCUACCAGUGGCCUACCACCUCCGCUAUACCCCCCAACAAGUUGUAA